UCUUCAUCUCGUCGUCCUUUCAUUGCUCUCCUCUCUCUCCUCCUCCUGCAGCAGCGCAACCGGCACGGACCCAUCAGGACGCGGCGAGGCCCCGGGCACAGGCGUGUAAAAUACCCUGUCCACUCUCCUCGUGGUUGGGGGCAAACAUUACAUGUAUGCAACUCGAUUUACAAAGGGAGGAAGGAAUGAGUAAUCUUAUUUUCGUGUCUGGUCAUUUAUACGACCCCUCCCUCGUGGAAAUAUUCAGACACAUUAAUAAACAACAACCCAGACCUUUCAGCGUGUGUGUACCUGGACCGUCGCAGCACAGCAUAUAAAUCGUAAUACGUCAUACAGAUGAGAGAAAAAGGAGACAUCCAACCGUGGAAAGUCCGAACAUGUGAACAGAACUGAACCAAGUCUCCAUUUACCUGUCAGCUAGAACAAUGUGUAUGUAAUUCAUCUAAAAUGAUUUUAUUUCUCCUCCGUUCUGGAUGGAUAGAAAUAUAUUCAUAAAACUCAAAAACAUCAUCAGAAAGGUUUUCAGUGAAGCUCCAGCUUCAGUUUUAAUCAAAUCUACAUCUGGAACGUGAAUGUUUUUAAACAGAGUUUGUUCAUGGUUGAAAGGACAGUAGAGAUGAAAAUGAGAAAAGUGGCCUCUUUCAUCUUCAUCCGAGCCUCAGCUUCCUCCAGUGUCAGUAAAGACUAUACAUCACGUCUGAUCUGGGCUCAGUCAUCUCUCCCCUUGGGACAAAUCGCACUUCACACGUACUUUCAUUCUCUUUUUUCUAAAGUUCUCAGGCUCGACUGGUGCCAGAUUUUUGCUUAAUUUUCCUCGAAUCUUCAGACACCACAGCCAAUGAGCGGUUUGAUAAACGCACUUUAAAUUUCAAAACCUUCGAGCAAAUCACUUCGCUGUUUUCAACUCUUCUCGUUCUCUUUGUUCCUCUCAUCCUUCCUCUACUCAGUUCCAUGAUAACAGCAUGAGGUCUGCAGCAAACUACAUUUCCCAGCAUGCCACAGGUGUCAAGAGUGUGUAUGUGCGUGCGGUGGCGACCUACGCUCUGACCCUUCACGACCCCAACAGCAUGGCGGCCUUUCAGCUGCUCACCAGCCUGGAGAACCUGGCUCGACAGAAAGGUCACCCCGCUGUGCUCAGGUACUGGCAGGAGUCCAGCGUGACGGCUGAUUGGCUGAAACCCGACGAAUCCAGCGGCGUGACGGUGGAGACGACAGCGUACGUCCUGCUGACUGUGCUGCUCAAGGUGCUGCUCUCUCCUGUUGGGUUUAUCUUUUAUUUUGUUCAAGUCCAGUUUUACUUUACACUAAAACCAUCGUCGGGAGCAGGCAGAGCUGCCUGGGAACAACAGCAACAACACAAUUUAACAAUCAGUGCUCACAGCUUUAUGUGA